AUUAAAACUUAAUAAAGUGCCAUAUUAACAGCGCUACAGCUGAAAUUAAAACAGCUUUUGGCUCUCAGCUUCCUGAUCAGGUUAGGGAUGAAAACGAGGGGGAGUAGGAGAAAUGGGACAGGCACCUGGGCCAAGUGCCCUAGAUCUCAAGUGCCCUAAAAUCUCCCCCUUCUUUUUUAGGGGUUAGGGAAGAAAAGAAGGGCGAGUGGAGAAAAGUAGGGGUAGUAUUGAGAUUGGGCCUUAACACUUUCUGCACUUUGCAGGUGAAUCGUUCAACUCCCUGAGUUCCCGGUACGGGAUGGGCAGCACCACCCUGAGCAGGAUUGUGAUGGAAACCUGCACCGCCCUCACCUCCGUCCUGCAGGCAGAUUACCUGAAGACGCCAUCCACUGAUUCCGAGUGGAAAUCCAUCGCCCGGGACUUUGAGAGGAAGUGGCAGUUUCCUCACUGCUUAGGGGCGGUAGACGCUAAACGGAUCUUCCUCCAGCCCCCGGCCAAGAGGGGAAGCAAGUUCCACAAUCACAGGUCCAGGUUUUCCAUCGUACUGACGGCCGUCGUGGACGCCAAUUACACAUUUGUGUAUGCUAGCGCAGGAACACCAGGACGAGAGUCUGACCCCGGCGUGUUCCAUCCUGACCUGACAGAGUCUCUGGACACGGGAACGCUGAACUUUCCCCCCGACGAUCCUCUGCCCGGCACAGACGUCGUGAUGCCGUACACGCUCAUCGGUGACGAGGCUUUUCCCCUCCGGCCCGACCUCAUGAAGCCCUUUCCUCUCACAAACCUCAACCACGACCAGAAAAUCUACAACUACCGUCUCUCCAGAGCGCGCCGCGUCGUGGAAAACGCGUUUGGAAUCCUGGCCAACCGCUUCAGAGUGUUGAGAACAACUCUGUGCCUGGAACCAGACAAGGUUGUCAGCGUGGUUUCUGCAUGCCUUUGUCUGCACAACUUCCUCCUCCAGCAGAGAUGUGACGCCUACGCACCGCCGGGUUACGUGGAUGGUGAAGACGCAGAACACGGGCUGGUGGAAGGAGCGUGGAGAACGGAGGGAGAACUGGAGUGUGUGUGGACGGGCCGGGCAGGGAAGCCCUCAGUGGAAGCAGAGCAGCAACGGGAGGCCCUUUGCCACUACUUCCUCUCCCCUGCAGGGAGGGUGUGGUGGCAGGCAGGCGUGCUCUAGUGCAGGGGUCUCAACCCGCGGCUCUUUAGCGCCGCCCU